AUGGAAGCGCAUGAAGAGCCGAUUUGGAAAAGUGUGGUGUUGAAAGGGGCUAAUAACGAUAUGGACACGGACUUAAACGUGCCAUUGGCACCGAGCUUGAAUGUGAAUAUGAACAUGAAAAUGAAGAUGAAUACGAGCAGGAAUGGGAAUGAGUCUGGGUUGAGUUCCAGUAGAUUUGGUGGAAUGAUAAUUGGUAGUAACGGGGAUGUAAACUUCAAACCUAUUCUAGAAAAAAUUUUCCGCGAAUUGACCAGCGAUUUUAAGGAGGAAAGGAAAUUGGCUAGUACCUCAUUAUUUGAUCUACUGAUAUCGUUGGAGCAUGAGUUGUCGAUAGAAGAGUUCCAAGUAGUUUCAAAUGACAUAAACAAUAAAAUUCUGGAACUAGCUCAUACGAAAAAGACGAACACUAGAGUGGGUGCUGUUCUAUCCAUAGACACCUUAAUUUCCUUUUUUGCAUUUACUGAGGAAUUACCCAAUGAGACUUCACGGUUGGCAAGCUACCUCCGAGGAUUAAUACCUUCAAAUGAUGUAGAAGUAAUGAGAUUGGCUGCAAAGACUCUGGGUAAGUUGGCCGUUCCAGGAGGCACGUAUACAUCUGAUUUUGUCGAAUUCGAGAUAAAAUCUUGUCUCGAGUGGCUUACUGCUUCCACUGAAAAAAAUUCAUUCUCCAGCUCGAAGCCAGACCAUGCUAAACACGCAGCACUUUUGAUUAUAACAGCAUUGGCAGAGAACUGCCCAUACUUACUUUACCAAUACUUGAAUUCUAUACUUGAUAACAUUUGGAGAGCGUUAAGAGACUCACAUUUAGUGAUCAGAAUUGACGCCUCCAUUACAUUGGCCAAAUGUCUCUCUACUCUACGAAAUAGGGAUCCUCAAUUGACUAGUCAGUGGGUGCAAAGAUUAGCUACAAGCUGUGAAUACGGAUUCCAGGUAAACACAUUAGAAUGCGUCCAUGCGAGCUUUUUGGUUUACAAAGAAAUAUUGUUUUUGAAGGAUUCCUUUUUAAAUCAAGUGUUUGAUCAAAUGUGCCUAAAUUGCAUAGCUUAUGAAACCCAUAAAGCAAAAAUGAUAAGAGAGAAAAUUUACGAAAUUGUUCCUUUAUUAGCAUCAUUCAAUCCUCAAUUAUUUGCUGGCAAAUAUUUGCACCAAAUCAUGGACAACUACUUGGAGAUUUUAACCAACACCCCAGCGAAAAAGAUACCACAUCUCAAAGAUGACAAGCCGCAGAUACUGGUAUCGAUUGGUGAUAUUGCAUAUGAAGUUGGGCCUGAUAUUGCACCUUACGUGAAACAGAUUCUUGAUUAUAUUGAACAUGAUUUACAGACAAAAUUCAAAAUCAGAAAAAAAUUCGAAGGUGAAAUCUUCUACUGCAUUGGAAGAUUAGCAAUGCCAUUGGGCCCCGUUUUGGGCAAGUUACUGAACAGAAAUAUACUGAAUCUGAUGUUCCAGUGUCCUCUUUCUGAUUUCAUGCAAGAGACUUUUCAAAUCUUGACUGAGAGAAUACCUUCACUGGGUCCAAAAAUAAACGAUGAGCUUCUUAAUUUAGUUUGUUCAACCUUAUCAGGCACACCAUUUAUUCAACCGGGAUCUCCACUAGUAAUACCACCAUUUUCCAAAGAAAGAGCGAGAGAAUGGAGAAAUAAAAGUAUUCUACAAAAAACUGGAGAGAGCAAUGAUAAUAAUAAUGAUAUAAAAAUUAUCAUCCAAGCCUUUAGAAUGUUAAGAAAUAUCAAAAACAAAUUUUCGUUAGCCGAGUUUGUGAGGAUUGUUGCACUUUCUUACAUUGAACAUACAGAUCCCAGGGUGAGGAAGUUAGCUGCGUUAACAUCUUGUGAAAUUUACGUCAAGGAUAGUAUUUGCAAACAAACAUCGUUGCACUCCCUGAACACCGUAUCAGAAGUAUUAUCGAAACUUCUAGUUAUUACAGUUACAGACCCUUUAGAGGAUAUUCGAUUAGACGUUCUAAAAAACCUAAAUCCAUGUUUUGAUCCACAAUUAGCCCAACCGGAUAAUUUGAAGCUCUUGUUUACUGUGUUGCAUGACGAGAAUUUUAACAUUCAGUCGGUAGCAAUGGAACUUGUUGGUAGGUUAUCUUCCGUAAAUCCUGCAUAUGUUAUCCCAUCAAUAAGAAAAAUUCUACUGGAGCUGCUGACAAAAUUGAAAUUUUCAACCUCCUCUCGAGAAAAAGAGGAAACUGCGAGUUUGCUAUGUACUCUUAUCAGAUCAAGUAAGGAUGUUACAAAACCGUAUAUCGAACCUCUUUUAAAUGUACUUUUACCAAAAUUUCAAGACACUUCCUCAACAGUUGCAUCGACUGCACUGCGGACUAUAGGUGAGCUCUCCGUUGUAGGAGGUGAAGAUAUGAAAGUAUACCUUAAGGACUUGUUUCCUUUAAUCAUAAAAACAUUUCAAGACCAAUCAAACUCUUUUAAGAGAGAAGCUGCACUUAAGGCCCUAGGUCAACUUGCAGCCUCUUCUGGUUACGUCAUAGAUCCUUUACUUGACUAUCCUGAAUUAUUGGGUAUAUUAGUUAAUAUUUUGAAGACGGAAAACUCUCAAAAUAUUAGAAGGCAGACGGUAACUUUGAUAGGUAUACUGGGUGCUAUUGAUCCAUACCGUCAAAAGGAACGUGAAGUUACCUCCACAACUGAUAUAUCGACAGAACAGAAUGCCCCACCCAUUGACAUUGCUCUUCUAAUGCAGGGUAUGUCUCCGUCAAAUGAUGAGUACUACACCACUGUUGUUGUUCAUUGCCUAUUAAAAAUUUUAAAAGACCCAUCCUUAUCAUCGUAUCAUACUGCAGUAAUUCAGGCAAUAAUGCAUAUUUUUCAGACACUGGGUCUAAAGUGUGUUUCGUUCUUGGACCAAAUCAUCCCAACUAUUUUGGAUGUAAUGCGUACAUGCUCUCAAUCAUUAUUAGAGUUUUACUUCCAACAGCUUCGUUCUUUGAUUAUUAUCGUGAGACAGCAUAUUAGGCCUCAUGUAGAUUCUAUAUUCCAAGCCAUUAACGAUUUUUCCUCGGUUGUUAAACUGCAGAUGACAAUCGUAAGUGUCAUUGAGGCGAUAUUAAAGGCUUUGGAGGGUGAGUUUAAAAGAUUGAUUCCUCUCACUCUGACACUUUUUCAUUUCAUUUUGGAGAAUGACCAAUCGACUGAAAAGGUUCUCUCCAGAAGGAUAUUAAGACUUUUAGAAACAUUUGGUCCAAACCUAGAAGGUUACUCACAUUUAAUUAUUCCGAAGAUAGUCCAAAUGACAGAAUUUGCCAGCGGAGGCCUGCAAAGGUCUGCAAUCAUAACUAUAGGCAAGCUAGCAAAAGAUGUUGACCUUUUCGAAAUGUCUUCAAGAAUCAUCCAUUCUUUAUUAAGGGUGCUGAGUUCCACAGCAACUGACGAUCUUCCAAAAGUUAUUAUGAAUACUUUCAGCUUAUUGCUACUACAAAUGGGCACAUCUUUUGCUAUCUUCAUUCCUGUUAUCAAUGAGGUUUUAAUGAGGAGGCAUAUCCAGCACACAAUAUAUGAUGAUUUGACGAACAGAAUAUUAAACAAUGAUGUUCUUCCUACGAAAAUCUUGGAAGCAACUACUACGGAUAAUUCACCUGCGGAACAAAUGGAUACAGCAGAUACAAGUGUGGCGAAAUUACCCAUAAACCAAUCAGUUUUGAAGAGCGCCUGGAAUUCUGGCCAGCAAAGAACUAAAGAGGACUGGCAAGAAUGGAGUAAGCGCCUAUCCAUUCAACUGUUGAAAGAAUCCCCUUCCCAUGCUUUAAGAGCUUGUUCAAAUUUGGCGAGCGUGUACUAUCCGUUAGCCAAAGAACUUUUCAAUACAGCAUUCGCGUGUGUCUGGACAGAGCUUUACAGUCAAUAUCAAGAAGAUUUAAUUGAGUCAUUAUGUAUAGCCUUAUCAUCUCCCUUAAAUCCACCGGAAAUACACCAAACAUUGCUAAACUUAGUAGAGUUUAUGGAACAUGACGACAAAGCACUACCUAUUCCGACCCAAAACCUGGGCGAGUAUGCCGAAAGAUGUCAUGCCUAUGCCAAAGCUUUACAUUAUAAGGAAAUAAAAUUUAUCAAAGAGCCUGAGAACUCUACUAUCGAAUCACUUAUUAGUAUUAAUAAUCAAUUGAAUCAAACGGAUGCUGCCAUUGGUAUUUUGAAGCAUGCUCAGCAACAUCACUCACUCCAACUAAAAGAGACAUGGUUUGAGAAAUUAGAGCGUUGGGAAGAUGCACUAAAUGCUUAUAAUGAACGUGAAAAAGCAGGCGAUAAUUCUAUAGCCGUUACCCUUGGUAAGAUGAGAUCCCUUCAUGCUCUUGGCGAAUGGGAGCAGCUAUCACAACUAGCAGCUAGAAAGUGGAAGGUUGCGAAGUUACAAACCAAGAAACUAAUAGCUCCUUUGGCUGCUGGUGCAGCAUGGGGUUUAGGAGAGUGGGAUAUGCUUGAACAAUACAUUGGUGUUAUGAAAUCUAAUUCUCCGGAUAAGGAGUUUUUUGACGCAAUAUCGUAUUUACACAAAAAUGAUUACGAGGACGCCAGUAAACAUAUACUAAAUGCCAGAGAUUUACUUGUCACUGAAAUUUCCGCGUUAAUCAAUGAAAGUUAUAAUAGAGCCUAUAGUGUUAUUGUUAGAACCCAAAUAAUCACAGAAUUUGAAGAGAUCAUCAAAUAUAAGCAGUUGUCACCUAAUUCCGAGAAAAAGCUUCAUUAUCAAAAGCUUUGGACCAAAAGAUUGUUAGGUUGUCAAAAAAAUGUUGAUUUAUGGCAAAGAGUGCUUAGAGUAAGAUCAUUGGUAAUCAAACCAAAACAAGAUUUGCAAAUAUGGAUCAAGUUUGCAAAUUUGUGCAGAAAAUCUGGUAGAAUGAGACUAGCAAAAAAGGCCUUGAAUAUGCUGCUUGAAGGAGGUAGUGAUCCCAAUUUACCUAAUACAGCCAAAGCUCCCCCACCUGUAGUUUACGCACAACUGAAGUACAUUUGGGCUACAGGAGCUUACAAAGAAGCGUUGCACCACUUGAUUGGAUUCACAUCCCGGUUAGCACAUGAUCUUGGUUUAGAUCCAAACAAUAUGAUCGCACAAAGCGUCAAACUAUCAAGUGCAAGCACUGCUCCAUAUGUUGAAGAAUACACAAAGUUACUGGCACGAUGUUUCUUGAAGCAGGGUGAAUGGAGGAUAGCAACUCAGCCGAACUGGAGAAACACAAAUCCGGAUGCUAUUCUUGGUUCCUAUCUUUUGGCGACUCAUUUUGAUAAAAAUUGGUACAAGGCAUGGCAUAAUUGGGCCCUAGCUAAUUUUGAAGUAAUAUCUAUGGUUCAAGAAGAAACUAAACUAAACGGAAACAAGAAUGAUGAUGAUGAUGACACGGCGGUUAAUAAUGAUCCUAUUCGGCCUGACGGCAGCAUCUUAGGAAGCGGUUCAUUAACCAUAAAUGGAAAUAGAUAUCCAUUAGAGCUCAUUCAAAGGCACGUUGUUCCAGCUAUCAAAGGGUUUUUUCAUUCAAUAUCUCUAUUAGAGUCAAGUUGUUUACAAGACACGUUAAGAUUAUUAACUCUUCUAUUCAACUUUGGUGGUAUCAAAGAAGCUUCACAAGCAAUGUAUGAAGGUUUUAAUUUAAUGAAGAUUGAAAAUUGGCUAGAAGUGUUACCGCAGUUAAUUUCACGUAUACACCAGCCAGAUCCUACAGUAAGUAAUUCCCUUUUAUCUUUGCUCUCUGACUUAGGAAAGGCUCACCCACAAGCGCUUGUGUAUCCUUUAACUGUUGCAAUCAAGUCUGAAUCCGUUUCAAGACAAAAAGCAGCUCUUUCAAUAAUAGAGAAAAUUAGGAUCCAUAGUCCAGUUCUAGUAAAUCAGGCAGAAUUAGUCAGUCAUGAGUUAAUCAGAGUAGCCGUUUUAUGGCAUGAAUUAUGGUACGAAGGCUUGGAAGAUGCAAGUCGACAAUUUUUUGUUGAACAUAACAUAGAAAAGAUGUUCGCCACUUUGGAACCUUUACAUAAACACCUGAGCAAUGAGCCUGAAACUUUGAGUGAGGUAUCGUUUCAGAAAUCAUUUGGUAGAGACUUGAACGACGCCUACGAAUGGUUGAAUAACUACAAAAAGUCUAAAGAUAUUAAUAAUUUAAAUCAAGCUUGGGACAUCUAUUAUAACGUCUUCAGAAAAAUAACGCGUCAAAUACCACAAUUACAGACGUUGGAUUUACAACAUGUUUCACCGCAGCUUUUGGCUACCCAUGAUCUCGAACUAGCCGUUCCUGGAACAUAUUUUCCGGGAAAACCCACCAUUAGAAUUGCCAAAUUUGAGCCAAUGUUUUCUGUGAUUUCUUCGAAGCAAAGACCGAGAAAGUUCUCUAUCAAAGGUAGUGAUGGGAAGGACUAUAAGUAUGUGUUGAAAGGGCAUGAAGAUAUAAGACAAGAUAGCCUUGUUAUGCAAUUGUUUGGUUUAGUUAACACCCUGCUGAAGAAUGAUUCAGAGUGUUUCAAGAGACAUUUAGACAUACAGCAGUACCCAGCUAUUCCACUGUCACCUAAAUCGGGGUUGCUGGGGUGGGUACCAAAUAGCGACACGUUUCAUGUUUUAAUCAGAGAACAUCGUGAUGCCAAAAAAAUUCCAUUGAAUAUUGAGCAUUGGGUUAUGUUACAAAUGGCGCCUGAUUAUGAGAACUUGACUCUUUUGCAAAAAAUUGAAGUAUUCACAUAUGCUUUAGAUAAUACGAAGGGCCAGGAUCUCUAUAAAAUACUAUGGUUGAAGAGUAGGUCGUCAGAAACGUGGCUAGAACGUAGAACAACUUACACGAGAUCUUUAGCUGUGAUGUCGAUGACUGGUUAUAUUCUGGGGUUAGGUGAUCGUCAUCCUAGCAACCUGAUGUUAGAUAGAAUCACCGGUAAAGUUAUCCACAUUGAUUUUGGCGAUUGUUUUGAGGCCGCCAUCUUAAGAGAAAAGUACCCAGAGAAGGUACCGUUUAGAUUGACUAGGAUGUUAACAUACGCAAUGGAAGUUAGCGGAAUUGAAGGUAGUUUCCGAAUUACGUGUGAGAAUGUCAUGAGAGUUUUAAGAGAUAACAAAGAAUCAUUAAUGGCAAUCUUGGAAGCCUUUGCGCUCGAUCCUUUAAUCCACUGGGGCUUUGACUUGCCUCCACAAAAACUUACUGAGCAAACUGGAAUUCCUUUGCCAAUAAUAAACCCUAGCGAACUUUUAAGAAAAGGGGCUAUUACCGUGGAAGAAGCAGCAAACAUGGAGGCGGAACAACAAAAUGAAACUAGAAAUGCUAGGGCAAUGCUUGUUUUAAGACGUAUUACAGACAAGCUGACAGGUAACGAUAUCAAGAGAUUCAAAGAAUUAGAUGUUCCUGAACAGGUUGAUAAACUAAUCCAACAAGCAACUUCUAUUGAAAGACUAUGUCAGCAUUACAUUGGCUGGUGUCCAUUUUGGUGA